AUGCAGAGAGAAAUCAAUUUCUCCGGCCAGGAGAAUUCCGCCGCCUCCACCUCAGCAUGGCCGUUCGCGGACGAAGACGAUUUCUCCACGUCGCUGUUGUACUCGUCGAUUCUCCCGCCAAAUCGAGACUCGUUUGUUGUGGAUAAUUAUCUAAGCGGCGCCGGCUCCUCCGUAUCCCCUUCCGAGGGCUCGAACGCGGGCUACUGGUCCCAAAUCCAGAAGCAGCGGUAUCAGGACCUGAUGAGCCGCUACCAGACGAUCCUCUCCCACUUCCGAGACGUGGUCAGGCUGGUGCAGGACCUCCGCCAGGAGAAUGUCAAUCUGAAAAUGGCCAACCUUGAUUUCAACAACCGCUUGAAGUGGCUGCUCGACGCGACCCCGUACAGUGGUCUGGACCUAGGCUCGGUGGAGGAGGAGGGGACGAGCGAGAAGAGCCCCACCAGCGUGAUGGAUUCGAGUCGGGUCAGUCUGCCCAAGAGCAUCUCGGUCCGUUCCAGUGGGUAUAUGAAGGGGGUUCGAAAAAAAGAGGGAGAAUGCUCUACAGCUACCAACAGAGACAAGAUUGAUAAUAAAAAUUAUAAUAGGACGCGAAAGGUUUACGUGAAAGGAGACAACAAGAAGAUGGAGCAAGGGUUGGAAGUGGAGGUGUACAACCAGGGCAUGCUUAAGACCGAACUCUGCAACAAGUGGCAGCAAACGGGGACCUGUCCCUACGGGCAAAACUGUAAAUUCGCACACGGCAUAGUGGAGCUCCGCCCGGUCCUCCGCCACGCGCGCUACAAGACCGAGGUCUGCCGCAUGGUGCUCGGCGGAGUCCCCUGCCCUUACGGUCACCGAUGCCAUUUCCGACACGCGCUCACCGACGAGGAACAUAUGGCUCGCUCGUCGUGGGCCCCACAAGCCUCCUGA